AUGGGUAGAGGACCAACUGAUGAAGAGAAGGCAAUUGUUAAGCAAUUGCGUGAGACACUACGUCAAGAAGAAAUAUGGAUGAAGCAGAGGUCACGGGUGCAAUGGUUACGUGAGGGUGACCGUAAUACCGCAUACUUCCAUUCUCAAGCGGCCCAGAGGAAACGCAUGAACAAGAUUGAGAAUCUAGAACGUGCAGAUGGCACAAAAUGCGCUACUUGGGAAGAGAAUUGUGAGGAGAUACAAGGCUUUUAUCAGAACUUGUAUUUGUCUCAGGGGUAUAAACCGAUGGAGGAGUUACUGGAUAUUGUACCGACCCGAGUUACUACUCCAAUGAAUGAAGCCUUCGACAAGGAAUAUACUCCAGAGGACGUAAAGGUAGCUUUGUUCCAAAUGGCUCCCUCAAAGGCGCCAAGAGUGGAUGGUUUCACGGCGGGGUUUUUUCAGCGACACUGGAACUUAUUGCAAGCAGAUAUUGUGCCGGCUGUGUUGGACUUUUUAAAUGGUGGGGAACUACCAACAGGGUUGAAUGAUACUUCUAUCACACUCAUCCCUAAGGUACGGCAUCCACAGCGCAUCUCUCAGUAUAGACCAAUCUCUCUAUGCUCGGUUCUAUACAAGAUUGCUUCCAAAUGUAUUGCAAACAGAGCCCGGGUUUUUCUGGGGGAUAUUAUUGGAGAAGAACAGAGUGCCUUUAUUCCUGGACGCUUGAUUACUGAUAACGUGUUGAUUGCGUAUGAAAGUAUACAUGCGAUGAGGAAGCGGAAGAAGGGAAAGAAUUGCGUGAGUGCGGUGAAAUUAGACAUGAUGAAGGCCUACGAUCGAGUCGAAUGGCACUACCUCCAGGCAAUUAUGUUGAAACUGGGCUUCAGUGCAAAUUUUGUAAGAUUGAUUAUGAAAUGUGUGACAUCCGUUCGGUUCACUGUGCGUGCUAAUGGGGAGAUGCUUCCUUACUUUACACCUACAAGAGGGCUGCGACAGGGCGAUCCGAUGUCACCGUUUCUGUUUCUGUGUUGUGCAGAGGGUUUUACGACCCUGCUGAAUUUUUUCGGAGGAAACUAUAUUGACAAAGGCAUCAGAGCUAGCAUACGAUCACCUUGGAUUAAUCAUCUGUUGUUUGCGGAUGACAGUCUAAUAUUUAUGAAGGCUAAUGGGCAAAGUGCAGACAGACUGAAUGAGAUCUUGAGGAUUUAUGAACAAUGUUCGGGACAGUGUGUAAAUAGGGAGAAGAGUUCGAUUUAUUUCAGCCCGAAUACUCCAAUACACUGUCGCCAGGAGUUGAAGGAGACCAUGAGUAUCAUAGUGGAAGCAUUCAACGAGCGAUAUUUGGGGCUUCCUACUGCAGUAGGACGUAUUACCAGUGGUACCUCUGACCACUUGGGUGAAAGAAUCAGAAGUAAGGUACAGGGAGGAUCGGAGAGGAUGGUGUCUUGUGCUGGCCGCGAGGUUUUCCUCAAGUCAGUGAUUCAGGAGAUCCCCACUUUCAGUAUGGGUUGUUUCCUGCUUACAAAGAAAGUUUGUAGACAGCUAGCAUCCUAUAUGGCUAGAUAUUGGUGGAGUUCCUCGAUCGAUCGCAAGUCGAUGCAUUGGAUAUCUUGGGAGGCCUUAGCUUCGCCGAAGUGUAAAGGCGGGAUGGGGUUCAGAAAUCUUGAGCUUUUCAACUUGGCCUUGUUGGGCAAACAUGGCUGGCGGCUGAUCACUCACCCUGAGUCUCUAUGCGCGCGAGUUUUGAAGACGAAAUAUUUUCCAGAGACCGACUUCAUGCAUGCUACUGUACCAGCCAGGUCAUCUGCGACGUGGAGAGCUAUAGUCGCUGGCCGGGAGGCGCUGGAAAGGGGUCUUUUGAGGCGAAUUGGGGAUGGCAGUUCUGUCGCGAUUUGGACAGAUAAGUGGAUUCCUGGGCUAAUCUCGAUGUCACCCUCAGUUCAGAUUGGCGAGGAUGAAUUGCACCGUGUCUCCGAUUUGAUUGAUGCUGAAAAUUGGACGUGGAAGGGAGACCUUAUUCGGAGUAACUUCACUGCGCCUGAGGCAGAUGCUAUUCUCAACAUCCCGUUGAGGCGAGGAGGAGGAGAGGAUUAUUGGGCUUGGGGCCUCGAAAGAAGAGGAGUCUAUACUGUCAAAACAGCGUAUCGUUCUCUAGUGACGCGCAACGAGCUGAGUUCUCUAGCGGAAGGGACGAUUACAGAAACUUCGCAAACUGAAGAACGGUUGUGGGACUCUCUGUGGAAAUUAAAUGUCAUGCCAAAGGUGAGGGUAUUUUGGUGGCGAGUCCUCCGCGGUAUUUUACCCGUGGAGGGUACACUACAUCACCGCCAUAUCGCACCUCUGGCUCGCUGUAGAGUUUGCCUAUCGGCAAAUGAAGACAUGAUGCAUGCUCUUAUUCGAUGUACGCAUGCACAGAAGUUUUGGACGGAGGCACGAAGCUGGUUGGAUCUGAAACUACCAGAGUUGCACCCUGCCUCAUGGUCUAGGGAUAUUUUAUGUGAUCCUAUAUUCAGAGAAGAGGAGCGCCCAAGGAUUAUUACAGUUAUGUGGGCAAUCUGGACAUCUCGGAAUAAUAUCGUUCAUGAUAGAGGAAGCUUGGACCCAGUGCAGUCUAUGAAAAUGACAAGAGAAGCAUUGGCCGUUCUUGAAAUACCCAAAAUGCAUGCAAAGGUUUUGCCAGGACAUGGAUGUGACGGAUGGAUUAAAAUCAAUACUGAUGCUGGUAUAUCCUUUGAUGCUAUGAGGGGGGGAGCAGGAGGAGUGGUUCGCUCACCUUCUGGGUUUAUUGGAGCUUGGAGUAAACCUUUACCAGGAGUGACUGAUCCUCUUAUAGCUGAAGCAAUGGCGCUCCGUGAAGGAGUAGUCUUUGCCCAACUUCGAGGGUUUACGCGAGUGGUGUUUGAAGUUGAUUGCUUGGAGGUGGUACAUCUCUGGGACUCGCGCGCUGUUUCGCGCUCAGUAGUAGCGCCGAUUCUUUUGGACAUUGAAGGGCUAGCUUUAAAUUUUACUAGAUUUAGAUGUGCGCCUUGGCGCACGAUCCCGUAG